AGUAUUGCUCAAUCUUUGUUGUGGUUCGAAGUUUCAACUUAUUUCGUCAUGUUUUAUGUUGAAUAUGUUUUAUUUGAAUUUUGAUUUCGGCCAGAUGCUGAAUUAAGGAUGUGUUGAUCAUUUAAAAACGUACAUAUUAAGAAAUAUUCAGCGCCCUAACACUGUACAGUUGUCACGCAGACUGUCAAAGAGUGGGCUUAGUCUAACACAGUUUCUGACAUCAGCAGUCUGUUCAACGUUUACAGCUUUAGGCAGAUACUUCCAUGUACAUGUAGCUGUAUCUCAACGCUCCAAAAAAAUAAGUCUUUGGAACAUGGAAGAGAGUUCAGUGCCAUCUCCUGAGCAGAAAGUCGCUGCCUCGGCCUCAGGUCCAAACCGUCAGUGUACAGAAACUUUCGGAGAGGACGAUGGAGACAGAAACCUAUCAGGCAGCGAACAAACACUGGACCCUGCUCUACUGGAAAUUAAACGUAAAUGGGAAUUAGAGCAGAAGGAAUUAAAGAAAAAGAUUAGCUUAGAGGAUGAUCGUAAUGUAGAGAAGAUGAUAUCAAAUCCAGACGCAGACACAUUCUAUAUAGGAGGAAUGGACAUUUCUUUUGUCAAAGGGGAUGACGUGAAUGCAUGUGCAGCAUUAGUUGUCUGCUCUUUUCCUGACCUUGAGGUUGUGUAUGAGGACUACCAAAUGAUCCAGCUUACCCAGCCUUACAUUCCUGGGUUUCUGGCGUUCAGGGAGACGGAUUUUAUGAUACAGUUGUAUAACAAUGUCAAGGAAAACAACACUCAAUACACACCACAAGUCAUCAUGGUAGAUGGAAAUGGAAUUUUGCACCCAAGAGGGGUGGGAUCCGCCUGUCAUCUUGGAGUUUUGCUGGAUGUUCCGUGCUUAGGAGUGGCAAAAAAUCUAUUCCAUAUAGAGAAUGACAUUGACAGGAAUGAAGAACACAUGGAACAGAUUGCAAGUUUGAAGCAGAGUGGAGACACUUUCCCUUUAGUUGGAUCUUCAUCAGGAAUUACAUAUGGAAAGGCCCUAAAAAGUUGUGAAAAAGCCACAAAACCAGUGUAUGUUUCACCAGGACAUAAGAUCAGCAUAGACUCGGCCACAGAACUAGUUCACCGGUGCAGUAAAUACAGGGUCCCAGAACCGAUCCGUCAGGCUGACUUAAAUUCCAGAGAGUAUCUGAGAGUCAAUUUCAAAGAUGGUUCUUAGUGAUAUACAGAGAAAAAAGUGCACAUGUGAUAUCAUUGGCUGAAUAUUUUACCAUGAUCAUAUUGAAAUAUGACAUGUGUUCAAAAGGGAUAGAUGCUUUACAAGUGUUUUUACAGGAUAUGGAGUUCUUGGUGGUAUUAUUUUAAUAGUUAUAUAUAUAGUUUACUAACAGUAGUACAUUUGAUGUGAUAUAUCAGUAAAUGUCAUAAUCUACAAGCUGUAUGUGAUAAAGAAACUCCUUUUUAUAUGCUAGCUCUUUAUGACAGAGAAAUUUUACAGUACAAUGUACUUCAGAAAAUUUACAUCUGUCUAAGAUAAAUUGUUGUGUAAAAAUGAUUCAUUUCGAGUUUGAAAUGACGAUUGUGAUUUGUAUGCUGUUAUUGUUUUACAAUGUAAAGUGGUAUACAUGUAUAUAUGAUUGUGAGUUUUUGUAACUACAUGUAUGUGAUGUAAGUUAUAUUUAUUUAUCAUAUCAAUUUUAUAAAAUCUACUGUAACAUGUUUUAUAUGCUACAAAAUUACAUUGAUCCAUUGCCUUGACUCAUUAUGUAAAUACUGGUAUUCUCUCACAAAGAUAAAUACUACAAUGUGUGUAUAUAUACUAGUAUAUGACAUAUGCUCUCAGGUUAUAUAAAUAUCUAGUUGCAUGAUAUAUUUUUAUUCAUAUAUUUAAAAUAAGUCCUCAGAGUUUAUCAGUUUUGAUACAUGCAUAUUAUUUAUAUGGGAGCUAGUUGUUUAUACAUGUGUACAUCCAUCCAAAUGGCAUUCCAAACAAUUUGUUUUUCUUGUUUAUCUCUUGAUGUAUUUUGAAUUCAUAUUACAUUUUAUAAUAUUAAUUUUAGCUCACCUGAAAAUGACAGCUGUUUGUUACUUUAUAUGGCUCAGGUGAGUAAUGAGGCUCCUGGGCCUCUUUUUUAUAGUUUGUCAAAAACUAGACUGAGUUAAUCAGUUGGACACGAAGUAUGCAGAUAAUAAAUGGUAUAGAUUUA